AUGGACAGUAGUGGCCUGACAGAGGAAAUCCAACCAUCCCAACCCUGGGUCACAGAGUCAGCCUCACCUGAGCCCCAACAAACCUGUGAAGCGAAGAUCACCCCAGCAUCUGGCCCUUUUGACAUGCCCGAUGACACCGAAGUCAGUUACAAUGCCUGCCCACUCCCAGCCGACUUCGACUAUAAGGUCCUUGGUAUGCACAGCCCACACCUCCACCUGAACAUAACCGAUGAAGCCUGUGAAGCUUGGAACCAAGCCAAUGAGCAUGCAGUUAUCAUUAUCCCUCUCUACAUGGUGUUCUCCCUCACGAAAAUGCAAGAGGCAAAAGACCAUGCCUCCACCUUCAUUAAAAGAGCAUUCCCAGACUCAGUGGAAACACUUAGCACCAUACCGGCUGCCAAUGCGAUUGAUGCCCAGGGAGAUGACCCCCUCCCCUGGGGUAUCAUGAUUGAUGGCUUGACACUCUGCGAUGCCACAACACUCCUCUACCACCAAUUCUGGCUCUCCAACAUCAGCAAAAGUCCGUUAUGCUCCGGAGCAUCAGGAGUGGCUGGAGCAUGUGGGAGACAAAACAGCAGAUUGGGCACUCCUGGAGCCAAUAGUGUUCUCCUGGGAGGGGGUCCAGGAGUGGCUGGGAGUGGUGAGGAGUAUGCAAUGUGCCAGGAGCAGUGGGAGGAAAAUUUUGGUCUCUAA